AUGGCCAAAUAUUUUGUAGACUGUGUUGAGGAGGUUGGGGGCUGCCCUUCGUUACUGAGAACAGAUUGUGGAACUGAGAAUGUAGUAAUUGCAGGUGUACAGAGCUUUCUAAGAGCAGAGUGUGAUGAUGAUUUAGCUGGUGAAAAAGCACACUGUUAUGGUCCUUCAACUGGAAACCAAUGGAUAGAGGCUUGGUGGUCCUACUACUGCCGUAGCUGUCUCACCUGGUGGAUUACCUUUUUCAAGGACCUUAUGGACCGUGGAGUAUUUUUACCUGGCAAUACACUUCAUCAGGAAUUCUUAUGGUUCUGCUUUGCAGAGUUAAUUCAGCAAGAUCUAGACUUUGUGAAGAUUCACUGA